UCUCCCACACGGUAGCAGUAGGAAAACGCGUUUAAACAAUUUAUUUAUAGUAAACGUUCAUAGUAUACUCGCGAAGACUUUAGUCAUUCGUUGUUCGUAGCCGCAAGCGCAUACACGGUUCAUUUUACACGUAGUUCUUACGUUUUUUUCGUGCACGCAUGUACGUGUAAUGUGACGGUUCUGUCAUGUGUCGUUUUUGUGAAUGUGUGUGUCGUGAUAUUGUGUGACAGUUGAUGGUCAUGGAUGUUAGAUAUUCGUGAUGUUCCGGUCGCGCGAAAUUUCACCGGCUGACGGUGAAAAAUAAAUAACUUGGAUCGCGUCCAAACAUUAUGACACUUUGAUGAACGAAAAUAGAAUUAUAUUUUCGGGGAUGGAUUAGGAAAUAACUUUUCGUAUUGAAAAAAAAAAAACGAAAAUCAAUUUUUGAGACCGCAAUAUUGAAGACAUAAAAUUAAUUGGAGAUGAUAAACAUCUACAAUUGGGAUAUGAAGUUAAUCAGGAUAUAAAUAAAGAAAUUCAAAUACACAUUAAAUUUAAACUUGAAAAUAGUGUACGAAUAUCAAUGUGUGCUAAAUCAGAUGUCGGUGUGUUGUAUAGUGAUGUGAUUUGGAUGUUGUUUAGUGAAAAUGUCGAGAGAUACGAAUUUAUUUGUGCUUGUGACAUUACUAAUUUUGUACAGCCUAAUUAGAACUAGUGAGGAGAUCGUGGAAGCGAAUAUAAUACAAGUAUGGUCCGCACCGGGUAGCGAAACGAGAUUACCUUGCGACCUGGCGGCUUCCGUUUCCGACGUCGCUAUGAUGAUGUGGUUUAAAGAUGGCGACCGAAUGCCCAUUUAUACCGUUGACUUCAGAAAUGGUCCACCGGUCCAUUGGGCCGUCGCUGGUGAGUUUGGUACUCGGGCGCAUUUCGUCCUGAACCAGUCGGAUCCAGCUUCAGCUCACCUCGUCGUCAAUAAAGUAGCGAGAUAUGACGAGGGAGUCUACAGAUGUCGGAUCGACUACAUCGAUUCCCCAACAAGGAACUACAGGGUCAACUUGACAGUUAUUGUUCCGCCGGAUUCACCUCGAAUUUAUGAUUCUGAAGGUAAAGAGAUUCUUGGAUCGAUCGCGGGACCUUUCCGAGAAGGGCAGGACUUACUACUUUCCUGUCAGGCCUCUGGCGGUAAACCCUCACCAGACGUAUCUUGGUACCGAGGUACGGAGCGUCUAGCAAUGACCAAAGAUGGCUCUGUAUGUCAAGUUCAUCUGCCAUCUUUGUCCAGAGAGAUGGCGGGAAUGAAGCUGCAGUGUAGAGUCGAACCACCCUUACUGAAGUCUCAGCACAGGGAUGUUACUAUUAAAUUAUACUUAAAACCACAAUUCAUCCGAGUUACCGGCGGUGGUCCGACACGAGCUGGCCACGAGAGAUCGUUCGUAUGUACAACACGGGGUUCGAAACCCGCUCCGAAUAUCGACUGGUUCAUCAAUUCGCAGAAGAUUGACUCAUCGUUGACUCAGGUAGAGGUAGAAGGAGAUGUUACGAAAAGUAUUUUAACUUGGCGCGUCAGAAGAGAAGAUAGCGGUAGGCAGCUCGUCUGCCGCGUUUCCAAUCCUUGGUUCCCUGCUUAUACGUUGGAAGAUUUACUGAACUUAGAAGUUCUAUAUCCUCCAGUGGCGCAGAUAUCUUUGGUCGAACCGAAGGAAGCUCGUUUACUAAGAGAAGAUGAAGAUGCUCAACUGCUCUGUUCAUCAUACGCAUCACCGCCUGCAUAUAACUUUACCUUCUACAAAGAAAGUGAGGAUCAUCUCAUCCGUGAUGACCCGAUUGGAGGGAUAUCAGUGGAAGGCGACAAGCUGUAUCUACGUGGUCUCAGAAGACAUCACGCGUCAAGAUAUAGAUGCCGAGCAUGGAAUUCAGAAGGAAGUGGCUUAAGUGAACCACUUAAUCUUAAUGUUUUAUCUCGACCGGAAUGUUCUGCUGGUAGUGUAGUGCAGCAGUUAGCGGGAGCUCCUGGAGGUGAAGUAAGAGCUAGAUGUUCUGUCUCCGCACCUUCAGCUGGAGACGCUGGUCCUCUCAGAUUCUACUGGACCUAUAAUGGAACAAAAGACGUCCUACCGAUACCCGCAUCAAAUGUUACUAUGAUGGGUGCUACAAGUACAGUCAUUCACGGUCUGCCAUCAUUGGAUGAUGAAGAAGACUUAGGCUGGCUAGCUUGCUGGGCCAGUAAUGACAUUGGAAACCAGAGAGAACCGUGCUUGUUUAAGAUAGUUCCUGCAGCGUUACCUGAAGCGCCGAGUAAUUGCGAGAUUGACGACGAGUUCCUUCACUGUGAGCCAGGACACGACGGCGGUUUGCCGCAGCGGUUUAUACUGGAGGCGUUGGAGGUACGGCAUCAUGAGCGCAUACCGGAAGACGAGUCCACCAUGAACGAUCAGGGCAUUUCUGGAAGAGGGCUUUCAGAAGCCGUUUACAGAGCUAGCAACGAUGUGACGCCUCAGUUCGCUCUUGAUGCCUUGUCACCAGGACGGUACACAUUCCUAGUAUAUUCUGAAACGCCACGUGGAAGAUCUCAACACCCAGCUGCUUUGCAUAGUAUUCCAAUACGAACUUCAAAUGAUUUGGACAUACCAGGUUCACUACAAACUAUGACUCCCUCACCGCCACAGACACCAGCAAACAGUGAUAACAGUCUAGCACUUCUAAUUGGAGCUUCAUUAACAUUGGUGAUGCUCACUGUCCUUACCACUGUCUGUGUCACGCUCGUCAUCAUGUGCAAGAAGAGGCAACAACCACAAAGAGAUCCAGAACAGAAUACAAUAUUGCGGAGAAGCGUUGGCGUGUCUAUGUAUAGCGGAUCAUCAAUAUCAUCAAGUAUAGUACCAACAGUUGUGCUUAGAGGUCACAGGGGAUCGAGAGUUCUAGCUGCUAGAUGGUCGGGAGUUAUUGAAGACGCACCACUCGCUGUACUUGCAUUGGAUACAAGACCACAUGCUGAUGAUUCAGGUCACAGCGAUGGUGAAAUACAUGAAACAGAUUUGACCGGAAACCUUGAUGCCAUGGAAACUCAAACAGACACCUGA